UUUUUUUGUAAGCACACCGAACCGUAUGUGCUGUAUGAAGCAUCAUUUACCUGUCACUUCCUAAAGAGGACAUAGUUUAUAAAUAUCAUCCAGUGAAGGCCUGGCUUGGGGCUACAAAAGGCCACCCUCAAUCUCCCCAUUGUUCACUGGCAUCAUUGUUGGUCCGACGUCCCAGCUGCUCAGCCAUGGCCCCCAAGAAAGCCAAAAAGAGGGCAGCAGAGGGAGCCAACUCCAAUGUGUUCUCCAUGUUUGAGCAGGCCCAGAUCCAGGAAUUCAAAGAGGCCUUCACCAUCAUGGACCAGAACAGAGAUGGGUUUAUUGACAAGAAUGAUCUUAGAGACACUUUUGCUGCCCUUGGACGUCUAAAUGUAAAACAGGAAGAGAUUGAUGACAUGCUCAAGGAGGCUCCAGGUCCAAUUAACUUUACCGUCUUCCUCACGAUGUUCGGCGAGAAGUUGAAAGGUGCUGACCCAGAGGAGACCAUCCUCAAUGCCUUUAAAGUCUUUGAUCCCGAGGGGAAAGGUGUACUGAGGAAGGACUAUGUGACACAGAUGCUAACAACGCAGGCUGACCGAUUCUCUGCUGAAGAGAUGGAGCAGAUGUUUACAGCUUUCCCCCCUGAUGUGGCAGGAAACCUGGACUACAAGAACCUGGUUCAUAUCAUUACUCAUGGAGAGGAAAAGGACCAGGAGUAGACCUUUAUGUCCCAAUAUUUGUCAAAUUUAAAUCCAGUUCCUUAAAUGUGACCCAGGGCCCAUGAAGAGGACGAGGACUCUUUACUCAGCUUUUAUGUUGGUUUUAUAAAUUUACAGCUACGCCACAGGAUGAUCAUGGCUUUACAGGCCCUAAGAAUGGACAUUUGAGAACAUCGCUGCAGUGAGCUGCCUUGUUCCUUAUCCGCUUUUUCCUCAGUACAUUUUAGCAUUAAUCUGAGAGUAAUUAAAUUAUCCUCCCUCUUUAUUUUGAACACCAGAAACUGCUUUUGUCAUAUCAUGUUAUUAGGUAAUGCAUGUUAGUCCAAUAAAAAUUAUUAAAAA